CCAAGGAUGAGAUGGCAGCACUACUACAGAGGAAGUCGGAGCAGUGCAAGAAGUUGGAGGGCAACAUUAGUGAUUUGGCAGCUCUAAUCAAGGACAAGAGUAAAACAAUAGAGAAGUUGGAGAUGGCACUGAAGCAGCAGGAGGACAUUACCAACAGAAAAUUACAGGAGCAGAAAGAAGAGUUUGAGAAAUAUAGGGACAAGCUUAUCGAAGGCUACCAGAAUGAUAAACUGCAGCUGGAAAAGGAGAAAAAUGAACUUCUUGCAAAGUUAGCAGUAGCAGAGGAGUAUAGGAGUCGGUACUUCCAGCAGGAGGAAGAGACCGACGAGUAUAAGGGUCUGGCCACACAGCAGUUGUCGAAAGUCAAACAUCUGCUGAUCAACACAGAGGCAGCUCUGGCGGACUGUCAGGCUGACCUAGAGGCCAAGACCAGGCAGUGCCAUGCGGCUCAAGUCCAGGUGGAGAAACUGACGGACGAGCUGGUGCCACUUCGACAGAAGUUGACGGCGCUGGAGUCAGAAAUUGGGAAGCUGAAGGAAGAGAAUAUGGAGAGAGCAGAACUGGUCACCUCACUCAGUAGAGACAAAGCUGCAUUCGACAGAAGGCUAGAUGAGAUGAACAGUGAAAUGACUGAGAAACAUGCCUACAUCUCCCAGAUACAGGCACAGCUGGCAGCUUUAGACGAUGAACAUAAGACGUUAGUGAGGAACUCAGACCUACAGAGAAAUAAGACCAGCAAACUGCUUGAGGAGAAACAUGAUGAGAUUGAUGCCCUGCAGGAUCAGAUCAAAACUCUGCAGCAGAGGAAUCUCAGACUCCUCUCUGAAAGGGUCAACAUGGAGCAGAAGUUAACUGAGACCCGGCUGCAGUUGACAGAAGUGAAGUCAACAUGGAGCGACAAGAUCACACAGCUGGAAGAUCAGAUCUCACAUCUCAAUGCCAAAAUUGUUGAAGACAGCGAGGAAUAUGUAGCCAGUCAGAAAAUGGCCGAGCAAAUGAAGGAGAACUUCCACAAACAGAUUGCUGAUCUGAGAAACAAGCUUGAGGAUGCAGAACAGAGAGCUUUAGAGAAUUUAGAACUGGCUUCAUCCAAGGAUUCGCAUUACGAGAAGCAGAUUGAAGAAAUGCAGCGAGAACUCAACCGACAAAAGCUGGCAGCAACAGACAAUGAGGAACUGCUGAGGGCAACAAUCACAUCUCUAGAAGCCCAGCUCAAUGAUCUUCAGAUGGUCAGGAAACUGCUGGAUGAUGAAGCCAAAUCCAGAUUAACAGUGCUAGCAGACAAAGAUGAUUCGAUAAGGACCCUUAAUCAGCAGAUUCAGCACUGGGAGACUACUGCUACAGAACAGACAAAGUCGUAUGUGAAUAUGUUGACACAAGUGAGAAAAAUAAAUGCUGACCUUCUCAAGCAGCUACAGAGCCUCAAGUCCAGUAACUCUGAUUCCAAGCUGGAGCUGCAGAGAAUGGUGGAACUGAAAUCUGAGACAAUAGAGUCCAUGAGAAAAUCUGAGUCAACUCUGAGGCAGAGGUUGGAGUCCUUGGAGAACAGGAUUGAACAGAAUGAAAUCUCCAAGGCAGAAUCGGGGCUGUAUUCAGACAGAAUUGAUGAGAUGAACAAGACUAUUUUCUCACUGCAGACUCAGCUGACGGAGAAGACAAAAGUAGUGAAAAAACAAGAGCAAACAUUGAAAGACUUGAGAAUGACUCUACAACGAGAGUUGAAGAUCCAGUCCUUGCCAAACGACGAAGCUUUUGACCUCACAGCCAAUAACCUGUCUUCCACUUCACCAGUCAUGUCACGUAAAUAUGGCUCUGACUCGCGACUGUGCCCGAAACAUCCGGAGUUCCAGCAGUAUUGCCAACAGCAAACCUCUUGUCAGACCAGCUUGCAGAUGAGCAGUUCAUUGUUGAAUUCCAGUUCUGCGGCAGCCUCGUCUUCCUCGGUAUCUUCCGGCAUGGUGCCUUCCUCAUGUGCCGGUUCUCCAUCAGCGCCAAGUGGUGCCACAGAUGCACUGACGGCACACACUACCAGUGUCAAGAGAGAUCUCAACAAGGAUGUGAACUUUCUCUACCUCAAGCAUGUUGUUCUCAAGUUCAUGCUGAGUAGGGAGUCAGAGGCAAUCCAGCUGAUCAAAGCCGUGUCCAUGCUCCUGGACUUCACCCAGCAAGAGCAGCAGCUGGUCAGGGAGACCCUCCGGUGGAGGAUGUCCUGGUUUGGCCAUCGGCCCCCGGUGGGCAAAAGUCAAACCUCGAAGAUUAUCCCUCCAACAUUGUAG